GGGAGGGGAGGGGAGGGAGUUCCUAGGUAGGUGAUGGGAUGGGAGGUAUAUAGAACUUCUUCUGUCUCCAUGGUGUCUGUCUUACGUUUCUUGAUGCUCAAGGUAAUGGCAUACUGUCCCAUCUCUUGCUGGUCAAGAUAGACGUUGAGCUACCAGUCCCGCUCGUUACUGGACCAGCACCGUAUACCCACUCCAUACCACUCAUACCAUCGUUACUAUUUGCGAGAAGAUACCCAUUUGAUAUUUUAGCCAUGCGUCUUUUAAUUCCGUCGACGGCGAUAGUGGCAGCUGGAUUCGUCGGACAGAGCGCUGCCAUACGAACAGUCCCAACGUCGCCGUGUGCGUCGCUAUGCGGGGAUGUCACGUCGACGACGGGCUCUGAGAUCCUCUGCGCCGAAGCAGAUUUGAAUACGGCCAAAGGUCAGGAAUUCUCGAAAUGCAUAUCAUGCCAAAUGACAAGCACUGCGAUGGACUCCAAAACGGGAGAUACAGACCUGAAAUGGGUACUCUAUAACAUUCGGUAUGCCAUGAGUAGUUGUAUGUGGGGUUUUCCAGGCAACUCGACCGUGCAGAAUUCACCGUGCCUCACAAGUCGGGCAUGUGAGCCUUUCCAGAGUAGUCUCCAAUACGAAGGCCUGUCUCCCAAUAUUACCACAUACGAUUACUGCCCGAGCAUUCCUCCGACGGCUUCAGUGGAUAAAUGCAAGGAUUGUAUCCGACAAGGCGACCAAACAUACCUAUCAAAUUACUUCAUCACUAUCCUCGCAGGCUGUGCUAACCAAAAUGGCGCCCCCCUCCCCCUGCAAAAAGACCUCUUUGGCGGAGACUACGUCGACCUCACGGACUUUACGAGCCAUGGCGACUCUAAACCCACAUCCAACGCCCCAACCAUGUCCCUCGGAACCCGCAUCGGCAUCGCCAUUGCCGGAAUCUGUGUCCUGCUCGCUAUAAUCGGAACCACGAUCGUCUGCUGCGGUAAGCGACGCCGCCGCGCCCGAAUCGCCGAACGCCAGCGCCGCGCAGAGGAGUACACCGGCUUCGGCUCGACGAAUCGCGUGCUGCCCGCGCCGCGCGUGACCACAAAGUGGGAGUCGAACAUGAGCGGCGUUCAGGAAGAGAGUCCCAUGUCCGCUAACGCGUAUCUGAAUGACAAGAACGGCUUCUCGCCGUACUCGAGUCAGUAUAACAGCCCCGUCAGCGCGAGGGACGCGGUAGCGCCCCAGCAGUGGGAGUGGCCGCAGCAGCAUGGGUAUGAGAUGGAGAAGGUUUCGAGUGUGGUGACGCCGGUCGAUAAGGAGCAGGAGGAUCAGAGGCUGCACAAUGAAUGGGCGAUGGAGGCGGCGACGAGAGGGUUCACGGUUUCGUCGUCGAUGGGUAUGCCGCCGCCACCACCGAGGGCAAGGCAGUAGGAGAUGUCGAGAGAGAUGAGGGUUUUAUGUUGGAUAUGGAAAUGGUUUUUCCUGCUGGAGGCUGGGGUUUUUUGGGAGACCGGGGGUCAUUUUAUGAUUUGUUUCAUAAAGCAGUAAUGGGUGUGGAGGAUUCAGCCACUCAGGCUCGUAGGAAUCGUCAGUAGUAAACGCUGUGC